AUGCGCUCCCGCCGCGGCCAGGACGCCCGCGGCGGCCUGGCGGGCAUUCGGUUUACCCCGCUUUGCUCGCCACUGCCGAGUGAGGCGCUGGCGCGCGGACCGCCGGCAUGCAUCACUGCCCUCUUGCCGUCUUCGCGCAUGUCCAAGCUGCUUGUUCGCUUUGGGGAGGUCCAGACAGACGGCUCGAACGUGUGUGUGGUUCCGGUUGGUCCUGGUGAGACCGCCGUCAGCGUCGACGUCCCGCAGUCGUUGCCCGAGUCGGCCACGCCGCCCACUCCCGACUCGCCCGAUCGUCUGGUCAAGAUCUACGUCUCCACGGGCAAGAAGUGGGUUCUCAUUCCCACCGCCUUUAUCUUUUUUGAUUCUGCCAGUCUCGAGGUUACUCUCUGGCCGCGAUGCGGCGUCCGCCCGGCCUCUAGCAGUCGCAGCUCUCCGCCGUCGUCGCGCGCCCAGUCGCCCGAAGCCUCACACCGUCCACCCAUUGCCGACACCGUUGCCUCGCUCACGCCGCAGUCGGCGGCCGUACGCGCCAUGGCCCGCUCUAGCGGUGCGCUCAACGCAUCGUCGGCCGCAGCCGCUCUCGCCGCCGCCGCCUCCUCGGCCUUUGAGCCCGAUGUCGAGCCGGCCGGCUUCUACGGCGACGAGGCCAGCGAUGCAUCUCGCCGUGGCACCCGCGUCUUCAUCCUGGAGCCACGGCUCAUGGCGUACCUCCCGCUCGUCCGCUCGACGCUCAAGGUCAAGCUCGCCUUUCAAAAGCAGUUUGGCCCGCCGGGCGUCUCCAUCCGCAUGCGCCGGCCGACCGACGAGCUCAACUCGACGGGCGGCCCGGACAUGUUGUCGAGUGCCGGCCAGAGCUCCACCGGCGCCCCGUCGCGCGACAAGGCAGCCGUGGUUCUCAACGUCAACGUUCUUGUUUCGCCUGACGCAACGAGUGAGACCCCGACCCACCUCGCCAUCAUGGCUGCUGCCGCGCUCGGAAGCCAGACGACCAUGGCCCAGGCUGUGCUCGCCGGCGCUCCGCUUCCAUUCUUCACCAUUCCGCCUGACAUCAUGAUUGGUGCGCAGUCGGUGGCACUCUCGCUCGAUGGCGCGGCGUCGUGGAUCAACCUCGAUGGCAGCUUUCUCGUCUACGACGCAGCCUCGCUCAGCGACACUGGAUUCUCGCCAACCGCCUCAUGGACCCACGAGUCGGUUGUCUCCACCUUUUCCGGCGACCUCCUCAAGCAUGCUCUCUUCCGCUACCGUACCAACCCGAUGGUCGCGCUUGGGGCGCCGCCACCGCCUGUUCCGGUCUCUACCCUCCGCAUGCGCCUCCUGUCCGAGUACCUCUCGUCCGAGGCAACCGCUGCCGCCCUUGUUCAGGCCUCUAUCAAGUCUGCGGUCUCGUCGCCCAAGGCGCCUGACUUUCCCGACCGCCCAACGUCGAGCGGCGGCGGGCCCGGUGGUGAACUCUCUGAUGUUGUUGUCAUGCACACCCGUGCCACAUCCAGCAUGGGCACUCCGACCGGACAACGCUCGGCGGCUUACGUCUCGCUCCUCAGCUCGGCGCUCUCGUCAUUGGCCAGCAGCUCUUCGAGCGGCCGUAGCUCGUCGUCGGCCGCCAUCGGCGACGUCCUCCCGGUAUGUGUCAUACCCUCCGAAGGCCACUCACUGUUUGAGAGGCCGACGUCGGCGUCGUCACGCCGCCGCGGUGAGCGACUCUCACUCGACUCGGGCGGAAAAGAGUCAGACGAGACGAUCGGACAAACCGGCCACCGCGGCGAGCCGGGCUCAACAGCCCGGGUCGGGAGCGGGAAUGCACGGGCGCGGCUUCCGCGCAGGGUCGGCUCGAUCGGCUCGGGCAUGGGCGGCACUGUUGACGAUGGCCUUGAGGUUGAGGGCAUGCGAUCAUCCAGCGCACUUCGCACGCUCUCGCGCAUCGGCGAGUCGCCAGUGCCCGAGGCUGUCGACGCCGCCACCCUGGCGGCGUUAGUGCGGAUGAAGCACCCUGCGCUGCUCAGCCAAGGUUCGUCCGGCGCGGGAGCACUCACUAUCCCCGAUGUGGCCCUCGUGGUUCCGCCAUGCUCGCCCGGCCUCCGCCCCAUCUUUAUCUCGCUCGAUGCCGGUCAAACCUGGGUCCAACUCGCGCUCCCGUUUCUCCACUACACAGACGGUGCGCUCACCGAUGUCACCAUCGAGCCGGCAUGCGCUCCUGCAGUAGGGUCGACCACGGUUGCUAUCCGCGCACCCGAGCUCAAGUCGCUCCUUCCGUACCUCGACAUCCGCGUCGCCUUUGUCUCAGAGGACUUGCUUGGCUCGUCGGCCGAGCUCCGGCAUCAGCAGCUGAGCCGCCGAGCCACAGCCCGGGUCGCCAAGACUGCGCAUGCCGAAGCGCUUGCCUCGACCGAGAUGACCUCUGACCAAGUCCUCCGCCACGUCCACGCCUCGCUCUCCCCCGAGUUUCUCUCGUUCUGGAUGUCGGCGGCCCACCAGCGGACACGCGGAAGCGGGUCGUCGGCGCGACACGCCGGCGGAGUCGACUCGGGUGCCUCAGGUGGCUCGCACAACGGCGAGGCCGUCUUUGAGGAUGCCAUUCGGACACGAGUCCGCACCGGCGGCGACGAAGUCACCAUGAUUGUCCCACCACACGACAUUGGCCUUUUUUACAUGCGUAUCUCCAUCCACAGCCAGCCGGGCAUCACGCUGCCGACGCCGUUCCUCUUUUUCGACGACGACAUGCUCAAGGUCUCCAAGCUCUCGUUUUCACCGGCACUUGGGCCCAUCGAAGGCGGCAUCCGCAUUGCGCUGCAUGGCGAACUCGUUCCAUACUUUCUCCCGUUUAUGGGCCGGGCGCGACUCAAGUUUGCCUGGCCGUCGCGCGGCUCGCACGCUGUCGCCUCAAUCUCGCUCACCAUGCGGUCCAAUCGAAGCGGUGACCGCAACGGCGACCGUAGCGGCGACCGCAACGAGCUGCCUGAUUCACUCGCUGGCCAGGGCGCCAUGCCGGGCAUCCAGCUGGUGAGCCCGUCCAUAUCAGAGGUCGAUGAGGAUGUGGACGACUCGCUGCUGGGAUCCAUGUCAGUCGAGGCCGUCUGCGUCCUUCCUCCCGGCCCUCCCGGCCUCUGCAUGCUCUCGUUUGCGCUCGACGGCGAGGCCUUUGUCGACGUUCCCUCCAAAAUCUACUACUAUGACGCAGACGGCUUCUCGCAACUCUCGUUCUCACCGCGGUCCGGCCCGACCUCUGGCGGCACACCGCUCAAGAUUAGUGUCAACAGCCUUGCGCCGCUGCUGGACCACAUUGACGUGGUGGUGAUCAAGUUUGACUCGGGCGUCACGCCGCCGGUUGUGGUCAAGGGCGAGAUUCGCAGCGGCGAGACCAUCACUGCCUUUGCUCCUCCGCUCGCGCUCGGACCCCACCAGGUCUCGUUCUCGCUCGACUCGGAGACCUGGAUUCCGUUUGAGCGGAGGUUCCAUGCCUAUGAGCAGCCUGCGGUCUCCAUCUCCCCGCAGUCGGCGUCGACCGCACACUACACUCACGUGGUGGUCACCUGCUCCAACGACCACUUUGUCUCCCUCGGCAUGGUCCCGGUCCUCCUCCGGUUCUCGUCGACUACCUCGGUGCAGCCCAUCGAGUUUGAGGUCCGCGGCCUGGCGCGGACCUACCUGCGUGCGCUCUCCACAAGCCAAGCGGCCGAGGCCAUGAUUGCCGUCAACGAGCCGCACAGUGAGCCGUGCGAGACCAGCGACGGCGAGAUGCGCGAGUCUGCGCUGUCGGGCUUGGCAACGUCAGAGGUCGAGCAUGCGCUCCGGGCUGUGUGGCGUGACGCCGAGCCUGUCCUCGACUUUCUCAUUCCGCCUGACAUUGCGCUGCCUGGCGAGUACUAUGUCUCGCUCUCGCUCAACGGGCGGAUCUACGGGCACGACGACUCGGACGCGCCGUUCCGGUUCUACGAUCCGCCGAUUGCCGACAACGUCGCGCCACCGCUUGUCCCGGCGUCCGGCGGCUCGCACAUUACUGUGUCUGGCAGUCAGUUCCCGCGACAGGGCAAGCUGCUCAUGGGCCUUGUGCCCCUCAGCGACUACUUUUCCUGGCUUGAGGACUCGAGCUCGUACGACGAGGUGACUUUGGAUCAAGACGAGGAGAUGCAUUUGGUGCACGUACUGGAGGGUGCGCUGGCAGCGCGGCGGCUUGACCUCGCCACAGCACAUCGGUCGCACGCUGGCGCUGCAGCCGGGCGCGGCAUGAAGAGCUCGCUCGCCUCGGACAUGGGCUAUGCGAGUCGCGACGGCCCGUCUCGCAUGCCUUCGCCUCGUCACUCGCUCUCCCCAGGCGAUGUGCGCACGAUGCGUGGCUCGGCCUCGCUGGCCUCACUCUCGUCGGCUUCGGGCGUGCAUCCGCAGUACCAGCGGGCAUUCAAGGCCUCGCUGCUCGCAGUCUCACCCAUUCAACUCCGAUUCCACAGCGACCGCGAGCUAAGCGGCGUGGUACCGGCACUGGCGCCGACCACGUACGCUGCCUUUAUCUCGUACAACGGCGGCGAGACGUACCACUUUUGCUCGCGCUUUCUCCUCCACGCCUACACCGAGCCUGUUGUUGCCGGCGUGGCACCCACCAACGGCCCGACCAUGGGUCUUCCUGACGUUCGGCUGCAGGUGGCAGACCCGGCACAGCUUGUGGCGCUCUCGCGAAUUGACAUGUCUGCCGCGCGAGUCGCGCUUGUGCCGGUCGACCCGACAACAGGCAUGUGUAACCCACCCUCGGCGCCGGCCGGCGGUGGCCCGCGGCCGGGCUCGCGGCCGACUGGCGGCGCAAGCUCGGGAGCGGAAGCCGCCCGGGCCGGCCCGCGCCGGCGAACCUCGAACCUGGACUCGAACACCGCCGAUGCAUGGAGUAUGUCCGGAGGCGCGAUGGCGUCCAAUGCGGAAAAGGUCGUCGUCCCAGUCCACCUGUUUUUCGAGACGGCGACCGGUCACCGGGUCGCGGCAUCCCAACUCGAGUCCUCGCUCUCGGACGCCAUGGGCCAGCUCACGUAUUUGGGGCAGUACUUUCCACCAUCGAACCCGGACGGCUCGUCGACAAGCGGAUACGGCCACGGGCGGACAGCGUCGCGAUCAGGCCAGAGCGGGUACGGCGGCGGGCAGGGCGGGCGAGGCGGUCCUGGCGCUAGCGGCACGCCAGUCGCGGGCGGUGACGGCCAGCUGCCGCCAAGAGCGUUCAUGCCACUCGAGGCUGCGCUCAUGCAUGGCCUCAUCACGUACGACAUGUACACAGUGGAACGCCGGGCGAUCGACGCCACUCGGAUCUCGCUCAUCGACUCGCUCUCGGGCUACUUUGCUUUUGAUGUGGCGGCGUCGACGUCGCCGAUCCAGUAUGGCGUCUUUCUCGCCGUCAACGGAGUCGAUUUUGCACCGCGACCAGUGGCCACCGUCGGCGGAGAUAAGCUCGGCUCGCUCUCAUCACUCGGCUCGUUUUCGUCGCGCCAUCUCUCGCUGGAGAUCCCGCACCCACCGCUCUUUACCAUGCUCGAGCCACCGGUUGUCGACACCAUCUCGCCCGAGUUUUUGGUCAACACCGGCGGGACACGGGUGACCAUCUCCGGCCGCAACCUAGCGACGGCAACCCUCUUCUGCAAGUUUGUGCGGCAAGGCGGGGCCGGAAGCGACGAAGAGUUUGUCGUCCAGGCUGAGGCCUCGCCUGACGGCUCAGAGGCAGUGUGCAUCACGCCACACUUUCGGGACGUCCGACCGGGUUCACUCCUGGUACUUGAGCUCUCCCACAACGGGCAGGCGUACGUUCCGGUCCCGACCUCGAUCUCGCACCCGUUCCGGGUUUCUGUCCUCCCGCACGUUGAGUCGCUUUCGCCGCUCGCCGGUCCAAUGGAGGGCGGGACGACGCUGCUCAUCAAGGGCCAUGGCCUCAUCCAUGUCGCCAACAUCGCUGUCCGCUUCACGCUUGGCAACCGGGCGUCGACGGUGAUGGGCGAGUUCAAGUCGUCGUCUGCCAUUGCGUGCCAGACGCCGCCGGAUCUGGGAGCGCCUGGCCUUGCCCGGGUCUCGGUUGCCCUCGACGGCGUCAACUUUUCCGGCAACGGUGUCGCGUUCUGCUUUCUUCCGCCGCCGUACAUUGUUCGCAUGUACCCGUCGGUUGGACAUGUGCUCCCGCUCGUUGGCGAGGGCGAUUCGCCGGCACCACUGCCACAGCCUGCGAGCGAGAGACGGACGUCCGAGGCUACGUUGCCGUCUCGACCGGUGAGUGCGCUCCGCGGCACGCAGCGGCGACAGUCGAUUUCAUCGUACACCGUCAACGACAUAGACGACCUUGCGCGGCUGGUUGCGAUGCCGAACGCGCACGAAACGAGCACGCCGCGGCGCGGCAUGCUCGACGUGAGCGAGGUACACAAGAGGCGGACGCGGUCGCCAUCGAUUGUGCGACCUGGCCAGCCGCGGCACGUGGUGGUGCUCUCGGCCACUGCUGUUUGUUGUGGCGACUUUUCGCACCCGCUCAUCCGAUUCCGACAGGACGGUGCGACGUCAGGCUCGAUGGAGAAGCUAGCGCUCUCCAAGUCGCGACUCCAGCUGGCGCUGGAAGACUUUGAGACCAAGCGGGUAAUGUCGGCCAACGCCCAGCUAGAGACCGACUCGCCGCUGGCUUCGCACUACGACGAGCUAUUCGCCGAGUCCGAGGCCGACAUCAACACGUUGCUCUCUCGCGAGGAUCUCGUGCGAUUCCAACUGCCAUCGGCGCUCUGCCGCAAGCCCGGACUGGUCUUUGUCGAUGUUUCGGUCGACGGCGGGGCGACGUACACCUCUGGCGGCGAGUUUGAGAUCGUGGCCUUUCCGCGGCUUGGCCUCCUCUCACCGUGGUGCGGACCUGCCGGAGCUUCGCGGGUCAUAUCGUUUGUCGGCCUUGGCAUCGACAAGAUGGCCUACCUCCGGCUUGUCCCACUCGCCACACGAUCCGCGCUGGUCGAGCUGCAGGCGUCGGGGCAGGCGUCGGGAUCGUCGCUGAGCCCAACAGCCCGGCUCGGGCUGGGCAUGGUCGAGGACGAGGAGGACGACCUCGGUGUGCUUGGUCCUUUUCCGCUCAAAGUCAUUGGGCAGCUCCACGUCUCGACUCUACUCAACGUGGCAGCACCAGCGCUCCUCGCAGCCUACAAGCCGAUGGCGAUGAGUGAGACUGGCGGCGCGUCGUCAUCGCUUCUGGACACGGGUAGUGCGCUCGACGGGGCGAACGCCAAGUCGGUCCGCGACGAGGCUGGCGCACUGGCACUCCUCCACAAGCUGCAGCGGCUUGUGGAGAACCCAAAAGAUGUCUCGCUUGUGACAUGCAAACUCACAAGCUUUCCGGGCUGGCGUGGCCACUACGAACUCCAAGUUGGUCUCUCCUCUGACGGCCCCUUCCGCGCACUUGCGAGCGACGCGGAGCUAGUUGAUGUGCUCACGGCCCAGUACGUCGACGUCGACAGUCCGAGCGGCGACGAUGAGGCCAGCGAUGUUUCACCGGCACCUAGCCAGCUGUCGGCGACGGCCAGUCCGAAGCCAGCGACGCCACAGCGGGCAAGCAGCGCUGGCGACUCCGGUAUUGGCACCUUUUGGCUCUUUGACGAGGCAUCGGUUCUGAAUGGUGCGGUCAUAGAGCCACAGCAUGGGCCGCUGACGGGUGGUAUCAACGUUGCUGUGGUUCUGACAUCCAACGACAGCGACAAUGACGACGACGACGAUGGGGAUGGUGUUGGUGGUGGUGAAGUUUGGAGCGCCGUACUUGCUCGGCAAGCUGCUAGGAUGCGGGUUGCACCCAGAUACGCUUCGCUACCGCCUGUGGUUGUUCUCCGCUCACGCGAUGGACAGCAAGUGACGACACAGGCCGAGUUUACGAUGCCGCACCGAAUCGAGUUUGUUAUGCCGAGAAUGGCCGAUUCAGGCCUAGUCACGGUCUUUGUGGGCCUCGACGGACUCGAUGCUUCACAGCUUCCUGUCGGGCACUUUGAGGUGUUUGAAGAGCCACGGGUGAACAAGACGGUGGCGCUUGGCCCAGUGGGCAUGCUCCACGGUACGCAUCUUAUGCCCAACUUUCCUCUCCUCGCCUACCGCGACUGGAACGAGGCAGAGACACCGGAGCAUCGGCUUGGCGACUCUGGGCUUCACCUGCCGCUUGUGCGGAUUUCGGCCAGCGGCGGCGGCGGCGGCGGUGAAGAGAGCAGCAAUCCCGUCGUUGUGGCAGCAUACGGGACGACGACAUCGCUUGCCUUUCAUGUGCCGGAUGCAUUCCUCGGCGACGCGGUGGACCACGAGCAAAAGGUUGUGCUUGGCCUCGAGCUCUCGUGUGACGGCGGAGCACGGUUCUCCAACGUGGGCAAGCUCCAGAUCGACCCACACAUUCACGACACGGUGCAAAUGUCUGUGUACAUCGAGUCAAUAUCUCCGAUGUGCGGCCCGACGAUCGGCGGGACGACAGUCGAGCUCCUCCUCGAGGGCACACCCGGGCUGGCGGGAAUUCUUGUGGCCGGCUCGUCGGGCCAUGAACACUCACCAACAGGCGCUACACCUGGCGUGCCAGGCCAGAGUGUGGUUGUUCCGGCCUCUCAAAAGUGUCGAAUCAAGUUUUCGAUGGUCGGUGAGGAGCGGGUGGUCGAGGGCGUGGUCGAGGCUGACAACGAGACGCCGCCGUCAUCGUCGGGACGGGUGAGAAUCCGAAUUCUUUGCGAGACACCACGGUUUCUGGCACCGGGCCUCGCACAGGUCCAGGUUGCGCUGGUAGGCACCUCGUUUGUGGAGUCAUUUUCGGCCUCGUUCUGCUUCCUGCCGCCGUCGCAGGUGGAGAGCAUUUCGCCACCGGUGAUUGCACGAACGGCAGCGUCGACGAUAUUGACCCUCCGCGGCGAGGGCCUAGUGACCGGCCAGCUCACACCGCCGGCGUUCAUGCUGGUGUGUGGUGGCAAUGGCGAGCCGCUGGACGGAUCGGAGGUCGAGGUUGUUCUCCCGGCACGUCUCCAAGUAGUGCUCCGCAACCUCGUUGACUCACGGCGGGCGAUCCCACUCUCGCUUGUGGGGCACACGCUCGCAAAGACCUUCCUCAAGAGCCUGUACACGUCUGCGGCGGAUGCGGUGGCGUCGGCGAUGAGCGAGGGCGACAUGCUUGUUGUCCGAGCGAAGCUUGACUCAGCAAUCCCGCGCGAACUGGCCGUACUGGGCCUGGAGUCUAACGCUACCACUGUGGCCGAGCCGUUGAUUGUGGUCAAUCCCGAUGACGAGAUUGAGGACGACGCCGAUGCUGUGGCUGAAGCGAUGCGACGGAACGAGAUCGAGACGGUGACGCCGAGCUCUGGCCCGGCGGCUGGCGGAACACGCCUCACGGUUCGGCUCCGGUCGACACUGUUUGACGUUUCGAGUGUGUUUGGUAGCUCUGCCGGCACGGGCUUCGUCUCGAGCUUCCAGCAUAUGCCGUCGGGCGGGUCAAUUGACUCUGUCGAGGCAAAUUCGGUGUCGGGUGAGUCGGACCUGAGCCCGGCCGAGUUGUCACCUCCGCCCCGUGCUUUGCACGUUGCAGCGCCGCGGGCAGCGUCAUCUGCCCACCUCUACGGUAGCCGCGAGAACUUGGAUCAAGCAGACGAUGAGCCUCUCCGUGGAGCAAUUGUCGCCUUUCUCCGGCGUUGCAAGGGGUGCAUGGCCAAAUCACGGAGCACAACGUCGACUCAAGCUGGGCUCUCGUGCUCGUGCUGGUGCGUGACCAUGUCUGCACAACAGGUGAGCACAGGUGUGUUCGAGGCGGUGACGCCUGCUAUGGAACACUCGCAAUGGGGCGUGCUGGGCCUGGUGAGCGUGCUGGUAGCGCCGCUGGCACGGCUCGGUUCGGAGCGCCGUUGCGUUCACCCACUUGUUCCUCACCAUGCACACCUUUUUGAGCCUGUUGGCACAUUCUGGGUGUACCAGGUGCCUCGGCUGGCAUCUUUGCGGCCUUGUGUGGCAUCGCUGGCGUCACGAACGCGUGUCGAGCUGCAGCUGCCGCGGCCAGUGAUCGGGCCAGCCGAAGUGGUGCGCGGCAAGUGCAGGGUGAGCAUCGCGUUCCCUGGCGGCCGCAAGCUGUUCCUGGAUGCGGACGUGGUCUCGUCGUCGACAAUUGCGUUUGAGCUCCCGUCGCGAGCUGAGCUCAGUGCGAUGUAUCCAGAGCUGAACAGCGCCCUUGCGGCGGGCUUGCAGCGGAGCGACUCUCGGGCACUGCUGACGUCUGACGGCGAGCUGCAGGUCCGGCACCAGGCGGCACUGGAAGUGAGUGUGGCACUCAACUCGGAGCAGAUGAGCGAACCGGUGGCGGCGAUGCUUGUGCACGCCGAGCUGGAGGUGUCGCACAUGGUGUCGCUUCCCAAGGUGCUGGCGACCAAAGUGGGAGUGGGCAUGCUUGUUGGCGAGUACUGUGGACCAGUGCUUCCACUCUCUGCCGUGACGGACGCUAUGCAUCACGUGGAACAUCAUGUCGAUCCACGGCAUGAGAGCGCGACGUCACGGACGAGCAAGACUAUGAUAUCCGUGUCGAUGCUGCGGUCUGCAGUGCUCUCGUCAUCACUCUCGUCUCGCGAUUCGCGCGGCUCGUCGCACUCGCCUCGCAGCAGCAAGGCCACACCUGCGCUGCGGGUAUCCAACUGCUUUGUAUGGCUGGCAACGCCCGACUCAUUGCCAGAGAGUGCGAUAGAGACCGGAGUCAUGCGCGAACCGCCAAGCGAAGAAGUGGUGCCUGGCUACGGCUUCCAGUCGCGGAUAGUGUUCCCACUGGCCAAGUCUGUGGCGAGUGCGCCCAAGCUCCACGUCUUUGUCUCUGUUGACUAUGGCGUCGAGUUCAAGUGUGUGACGCAGUUCUCGUCGAACCGGGUGCCUUUGCGACGGCGUGGGACGCGGGCAACCAUCCAGUUUGCUGCCGACGGCCCAGCACUUCCUCCGACACUGUACAUUCGGCUCGAGUCGUUCAAUCUUGUACUGGGUCCGCUGGAGGUCGACGUUGAUGCCGGCGAGGUUUCGUUUCACAUGCCCGCACUGCGUCUGGAUGCGGAUAUGCUUGCUGACCAUGACGGCGGCAACGAGGGCGACGGACUUGCGGCGUCGGUCUCGCUGGCCUCUGUGGCUAUGGCGGGCGGGAAAGGCAGUGGGAGCGGAGGAAACGGAGCGCUGAUGGUCAAGGGCGGGCGGGUAGCGUCAGGGACGUUCCGGCAGCGUGGACGGGCGGGCUCGGUGACCUCGCAGGUGCGCAUGCCCGACGGCAGUGGCAUGGGUAGCACUGGCGGGCCACCCAGCUCGCUGGCCAGCCUCGUGUCCACGCCGUCGUUGAGCGAGGGCGGGGCCAGAGGGCGACGGUCGCACAAGCUGAGGACUCGGAUUGGGCUCUCAAUUGAUGGAGGCACGACGUUUGUCAAACAAGGCUCUGCGGUCUCGUUUACCUUUUUCGAGGAGCCGAUGGUUGAUCGAGUCUCGCCGAGGCUCAUUCCGCUUGACGUGUCGUCACAGGUCUCGAUUUAUGGGACUGGGCUUGCGCCGCACGCGGCGGCGAGCAAGAGAGACGGGCGUGGCGUUCUGGUCCGGCUGCUACCCAAGGCCAAGAUCGGCAAGCUGCCUGCAAGCAUGGAACGGCGGCGUGCACUUGUGGCGCGCGAGUCGUGGGCCACCAUAUUGCCGCUGGCGGACUUGACUGACGGCGAGGCGGUGUUUCAGCUCCAGCCCGAGUCGCUGGCAGUGGUGCGACCCGGGCUGUUCUGGCUGGCGUUCUCGUACAACACUGGCAUCGACUGGGUCAUCUUUACCGAGCUUGUCAUGCUGUACGACACCGGCGGUGGAGCGGCGAACCUCUUUCCAUCAUCAGGCCUCAUUCGCGGCGGCCGGCGGCUGGAAGUGGUCCCGAGCCACUCGCUGCGGCUACAGCCACGGGCCGAUGUCUCUGUCUUUGACGUAGUCGUCCGGUUUGAUGUCGACAGGUCGAUGGCACGGGCAGGCCAGACAAGCUCGUCGCGGGUGCCGCUGUCGGUGGGCGGCGCCGAGCCGGUGAUCGUGCAAGGCGAGCUGGAGUGGGUCCGGCGGCUCGAGGGCGAGGCGGCCGGUGAUUGGGUGGUGGUUUGCAGGAAGGUGCCACCGUUGUUUGCCUCGAUUGUGCACAUGAUGAGUGCGCUUGUGACGUACUCGCUCGACGGCGGGCGGGUGUUUGGCGAGGCCUCGGCUGUGUUCAACCUCUUCCCCACCCCGACGCUUGACUCGAUUGCGCCGUCGAACGGGUUCUGCACAGGAGGCACGACGCUCACACUGCGUGGCGGGUUCCCGACAAGCAUCGACGGCGCGCCCCGGGUUCAAGUCCGAUUCACGGUCCGCCGCAUCCUUGGUGAGAGCGAGGAGCCCAUUGGCAUUGGCGGCGGCGAGGGCAGCAGGAGCGAGAGUGGCAGAGACGGCGACAAGAGCGGCGAGUCCGACGACGAGUCUAGCUGCGAUAGCGUUGCGAGUGGUCAGCUCAGCGGGGAUACCGGCGGCGUGACGCGCGUUUCUGCCGACGGGCGGUAUGAGGAGAUGGAGGUGACGGUGCCUGCAAGCUCUGUGUCUGGAUCGACGGUUGUUGUGUCUGCGCCUGCGGUGCCGUGGUCGUCGCUCUCGACGGCGGUGCUCUCCCUUUCGUUUGAUGGCGGGGCGUCAUGGGUCUCGUACGACGAGCCCGCGCUUCAGUUUCAGUUUACAGGCCGGCCGCGCGUGCAUGGCUUCUCGCCGUCAUUUGGUGUCUCUCACCAGGAGCACGACAUCGACUUAGCGGUCACUGGCCUCACGCCUGUGCUUGACGAGAUGUCGUCUGUGGUCAUUGCGCUCAAGCCUGUGGCGGACGAGGGAUCCGGAGACGAGGGCGAGGUGAAGAGUGGUCCUGCGAUCUUGGUCUCAACGACUGUACCGGAGCUUUCCGAACUGAUGGCGAUGCGCGCACCGCUUGCACGAAGCAUGGACGCGCUUGCGCGUGUGGCGGCGUCUGUCUUUUCCAAGGACGUGCGGCAGGUGCUUCUCUUGCAACGCGCGGCGUGCCAGGCGGAGCUAGAGGCGAAGCUUGCACCCAGGCUUGCGGACGUGCAGAGCAUUUCGGUGCGAGUCCCGAUGCUCGAGGCCGUGGGCCCGUACGGGGUGGGCAUUGCGCUCAACGGAACGCAGUUUGUGUACUGCGAGACGUCUGCGUAUCACUCGUUUGAGCGGAUCCGGAUCACGUCGAUUUCACCGUCGCAUGUGUUUGCGAGCAAGCCAAUCACGCUCACGCUCCAUGGAAACUUUGUUGAUCUUGGCGGGGCCCGGGUCUCGUUUUCACGGGUGCUACCGUCAGGUGAGCUUGCCGCACCGAUUGUGGUGCCGGCUAGGCUUGGCGAGGCAGAUGCCAGCGAGACGGCUGCAGCUGCCGCGAUGAUGUCGAUGGGACGGUCGACGUCGCGAGACACGGUGCUUGUGGCGACGACACCGGCGCUGCCGCCGUCAACCGAGUUUGUGGUCGAGGUGUCGCUGGCCGACCUGCCGUUUACACGACAGCACCGAUACGUGCUCAAGUCGAUGCCAAUUCCUCGGAUUACCGAGGUGGUACCAGCGGUACUUCCGGAGGGAUUCUCAGACCCGAUCAAGCUGAUGGGGACAAACUUUGGCACGGCGCCGAUUGUGGAGCUUGUGUUUGGCCCAUCGAACGGGCGCGGGAGCGGGGCUGGCGGCAGCGAGUCACGGCGGCGACGGCGCGGAGCCAGUGGCGCCGGCGACAGCAGCCGCGAGAGUCGCGGUGGCGGCGGCAUUGUCAUGGCUCCACUACCCAGCUGCGAUGGCGAAGACGAGGUGCAAAUCAAGCGGGCAGCACGGGUGCUGUCCAAGACGGAGAUUGUGGCCGAGGCGCCUCCGUUUUCAGAGAGCCAUCCGGCGCUCUCGCUCCUCCUUACCUUUAACCGGAUGCAGUUUGUGGAGGCCGAGUGUGAGGUCUUGUACUUUGCACUGCGGUCGCUGGUGCCGCGAGCUGGGUCAGCUGCAGGAGAAUCGCGACUUGUUCUGCGAGGCGUGUUCCCGGCCGGUGGCGCGUCGGCGGUGGCGACGGCGUCCGGCAAAGUGGCGGUCCGGUUUACGCAGUCGAUGGGUGGGAGCUGGAGCAAGGUGGUGAGCGCAGUGUUUUCGCGGUCAGGUCACGAGCUGCUCUGCACCACGCCGACGUUUGAUGAGGCUGUGCGCGGGCCGGUGAUGGUGGAGGCGUCAUACGACGGAAUUCACUACACGCGGUCGCGGUUGGAGUUUAUCGUGUUUGACGAGCCAACGUUCAACUCAUUCUCGCCGGUGAGCCUGACGCCGUCCAAGGGCGCGAUGCUUGAGCUUGCGACCGAGAACGUGACAGAUACCGGCAUGUUGGGCGUCAAGUUUGUGGAUGCCGUAUCAAAGACCGAGGUGCAUGCAGCGACGGUGCUGGUCAAGUCGAGCUCGACGGUCCUUGUCUCGCCGCCACCGUACGAUCCACAGCAGGGCGACGUGGCGUACUCGGUCGAGCUGACGCUCAACAAGCAGGACUACAUCCCGUGCGGCUCCGGUGAACUCUUCCGGUGGGUGCGGGUCAAAGCGGUGUUCCCGCUCGCGGCGCCUUUGCGCGGCGGGACGCCGCUGACGUUUACCGGAACCAACCUCACACCCGAUGCCGAGUACUCGGUCGCGUUCCACGGCGCCAACACGCUAGUCAACUCGGUCCUCACGCCGCUCCUCCACGGUGCAGGUGUCCUGAUUAAGUCGUUCUCGAUGGCGCAGCUCUCGCGAUCGUUUUCGCGCCAGUCGGUGGUGUGGAGCAGCAACGACGAGACGGAAGCCGACGUGAGUGGCGCUUUGGGCUCGAAGAGCAAAAGCUUGUCCAGCUCGUCAAGUUUGCUCGAGGAACAGAUGGAAGAAGAAGAAGCAAUGAGCGGGAGCGGGGAUGGUGACGACUUUGAGUCGAUUUCGCUCUCCAGCGCCUCGAGCAGCUCGUCGAGCAGCGGAUCUCAGCAGGCGGAUGCGUAUGGACCAGACGACGAUUUCGAGGACUUGGGCGACGACUCAUUCUCGCUGGACGACAUGAGCUGCGGAAGCGAAAGUACGGCCGAGAGCGAGGCUCCGUCUGCGGGCAGUGAUGCAGCCGACACUCAAUGUGGCUCAAGGUGCUCUUCGUCGGCUUCUUCGGCCACUUCGUCGUCUUCGUCUUCACUUUGCAUCCAGAACGAGGCGAUGUUGCCGGCUGCAGCCAAGUCGGUGUCGUCGUCGGCGGACUCGAUGGUCUCGUUCCAGGCUCAGGCCUCUAUGGAUGUGCGGAGCAUGAUGGGGGUGCGAACCCAGUCUGCGGCGGCGGCGAAGAGCGGGAAGUUUGGAAGUAUGGCUGGGCAGGCGAAGCGCAGCAAACUGGAGAGCGGGAUGGCGUCGUCCCAACUUGCGUCUCAGUCUGAGGGCGCGAUGGCUGGCUUUGGAGAGGGGUACGCGGUUGGGGCCACGUCUUUAGACUCUGACGAUGGGGUGACGUCGCUCGCGUAUCACAAAAGAUUCGAGCUUGCGGUCGAGCCGGCGACGGGCUCUGGGCGCCACGAGCACUUUGUCGGCUCGAUGAAGGAGCCGCAACGGCCAGGGCAGUCACCGCUCUCGCGCGGCGGGAAUAGCAGCUCGUCGAAAGUUAUGUCGAUGAAGCGGCAGCGGACCGAGGGACUGCCACCGAUCAAGGUCAGGCUCGGCGUGGCGCCACCCCGUGACAGCGGUGUGCUUUGGCUGAGCUCGCUCUUUGAGCUUGGCGAGAUUCACUGGCUGGAGACGCGUGCUGUCGACGAGGUCGAGUACCGCGUGGGCGUGUGCAGUGUGACGAUGUUGCGGAGUGUGGAGGUGGUUGAUGCAAGCUACGAAGGGUGGCAGCCGCAGUCGGAUGAUCUGGUAGGCUAUCUCACGGUGGUGUCGCCUGGCCAGUCUGCGGUCUCUGUCCUGCAGAUGAUCUCUCUCCGCAGCGUGAUGUCGUUCAACUCGCUGCUUGAUGCCAAGGCGGCGAUCGGGUCGGGCGAGGCGAGUGGCUGGAUGAGCAGCACCAUGUCGCCGACCAUAUCGCGGCACACCUCGCGGGCUCGCCGCGAGUCGAGCGUGAGCGCGGGUGACAGGCAGACGUUGGGCCGGCACUUGAGCGGGAUGACUCGGGAGCGGUCUACGACGGAGCCGACGGACCUGUUUGACGCGGCCAAGCUGGAAGCGCAACUGGACUCGGUGUUUGUACCAGCGGAGCCGUUAACCCGCGAGGAAGCGAGCGGGCUUUUGCUGGCGCUUGGUCUGGUGAGCGAACGUGGGAUGGAGGAGAGCUACCGCACGUUUUACGCGGGUCACGGGGUGUGGCCACUGGAUGUCAACUUGAUCUCCACCUUUGUCAACAUUUUCCACCGGCCUGUACCGAUUGAUGACGAGCAUGACGAUGAAGGCAGUAGCAGCGAGGUUGGCGAUGGUCACGAUGCCGAUCAUGCCGCCGACGGCGGCAAUGGGCUCUCAGGUUCGAUGGUUUGCAUCUCGGUUGCGAUUGAGAGUGAGACGGUGACGGUGCCGGCGUCGGUCGAAGCGCGGCGGGUAGUGACCGGAACGGUGUCGUCGUCGGUCUCGGCAGGCGAUGGUGCCGCUGGCGGCGGCGGCGGCAGCGAGGUUGACGAGGCGAGUGGUGUGGGUGAUGGAAGCGGGGUGCUCUCGAUUUCCAUGCUCGGCUAUCUCCGGCAGCCGCACGUCCAUCCUAACCCACAUGUUGGGCGCGGAAGCGGGGGCGGAGCCAGCGGAGUCGCAAGCAGCAAGGCGCUCGGGCGGAAGCGAAAAGGCGGAAGCGGGCGGACCGGCGGUGAGUCGGCGGCCAAGCUCGGGCUCAAUGCCGACGUCGCAGGCGAAGCUGCAGCAGAUCUGCCGGUGCUGCCGAUCUCUGUGCGCUAUACUUUGAGUCUUGUGCAGGCAUCAGGGUCGAGCGCGGUGCGAGGCAAGAUCUCGAUCGGGGCCUCGUCGGCGCCGUCGUCGCUCAUUUCACACGUGGACGUGACAGGACACUACAACCGUGACGGCAAGGGUGUGCUGUUCCUCACCCCUUCUACGACCAACUCGUCAACGACGUUUUCGGACUCGCGAUGGGAGGGCAUCGUGCCAUUGGCAAACUCGGGCGGAGAUGACGGAACCGGCUUUGGCGCCCAGUUUGAGCUCUUUGAGUACGGUCCGACAGCCGGCACAGAGACGCUUCAGUGCCGGUCGCCAGCAUUUGAGCGCAGUUUCGAUUCUGUCAAGGCGAUCGUUUCGCGGAACGGGACGGCGCUCGCCGACGCGCUGCCGUUCUAUCUCCUCAGUGAGCCCGAGGCUGUGACAUGCUCGCCGGCGUUUGGGCAGAUCCGCGGUGCAGGCGACCUUGUGCUCCGGUGGGAGCCGGCACCGGCGAGCCUGGAACUUGUUUCGCUUGAGAGCUACAAAGCCUAUCGCGAGGCGAAGGACCGCGACGACGAGGCGGCGGCCCAGGGUAUGGCUGUGGAGGCGCGGUCAGGCGGGGUGUUGACAGCGCCUGCCGGCGGGGGCAGUGGUGACCGGCGCGGGUCCAAGGCAGCGGCGGUGGUGGCGAAGCUGCUGCUUGCGGCGCCGCAGGUGGAGAUCCAGGUCUUUGUUGACUCGCUGCCGAUGCCUGUGCGCGAGGCGGCUGUGACCGCGAGUGGACUGAUUGAUACCGAGCGUGUGGAGCAGCGGUACCUGGACGUGAUGCGGCUGGUGUACACGUACUCGGGCGGAUGGGCACUUGACGAGGUUAGUGGCGAGUGGCUGCUGUGCGCGGAGAUUCCGCGGCUGGAGGCGGGGCUGGCAGGCUCGCUUGCGGCGCAACUGAGCAAGGCUGUGGGCUCUCCGAUUGCGCCUCUCCUGCUGCGGGUCUCACUCAAUGACGGGCUGUCGUACUCGAACCGGCUGGUGCCGUAUACGCUUGUGGCGCCGCCGCGCAUGCACUACGCCGAGCCGGAUGCGUCGCCGAUUGGCGGAAGCGAGGAGAUACGGCUGGUGGGCGAGUUUGAGCUGGAGCCCUCUAUCGAGGCAACAACGAGGCCAGCGGUCGAGUUUUGCAACGUGGCAACUGGCGAGACUGUGGUUGUGAGAGGGAGUGAUGUAAUGCGGAUCUCGCCCCAUGUUUUUAAGGUGGUGACUCCUCCGAUGAGCACCUCUGGCAACGUUCGUGUCUCGCUGUCCUACACCGGUGUACAAAUGCGAUGUGAGCCACCGGUGCAUGUGACGUACUGGCGGAACACGGCCGAGCUCAAGGCGUUGCGUAAGAAGAUGCGGCGCGAGCGGCAGGCGAUGCGGCAGGCGCGUGACCGGUUUCUGGCGGACGCUGUCCACGACUCGCAGUUGGACGAGAUUGUGCAUGCUGGGCUGACUUCGUCGGCCUCACUCUCGUUCUCGUCUCAAGCGCUCCACUCACUGGGCAAGGGUCGCGGCGGCAAGGCUGCGACGGUGCGGUCAGCGAGCGAACUGGGCGCGCUCAACCUCUCGGUCUCGUCGGUCUCGUCAGCCGGCUCACGGAGCGAAUUAGUAGAGUCGCGGGCGAGCCAGAGCUCGCUUGCGCGGCGGAGGCUGAGGCAGUCAGCAGGAAGUGGAGGUGGCGGCCGCGGUGGCCGAACAGGACUGCCACCGCGCUCGCGGCUGCCCAAGGCGCAGAGCGUCGCCGAUGACGAGCUCUCUGAGUGCUCCGAGGCGAUUGUCCGUUCAUGCGAUGAAAGUGAGAGCGGGAGGAGGUCGCCGUCAUCAUCAGUCUCGUCGCUCUCACCGGGCUCACCCAUUGAUGGCGAGCCAGUCGGUGUGGUGCGAAGUGCGGUGCGCCGAGGAGAUCCACGGAAGGCGGUGACGACGUCUGGGGUCGAGGAGCGCGAGUCGCCGAGCGAGCACUCGUCGCCGCUGCCAUCGUCAAGGUCGGUGUCGCCGGAGCAGGAUGAAGAGGCCGGUGGCGCUCACUCGAGUUCGAGCGGGGCCGAGUCUAGCAGCGGCGACGGUCUUGAGCUGUUGUCUGACCGUGAGGUUUUGGCGCGGAUGGGGAUUUCCCUGAAGGAUCUCGAAGCCGAGCGCGAGGCCGAUGCGCGGCGCGAGGCCGAGCUUGACGAGGAGCUCAAGGAGAUCGAGGCGCGACUGGAGGCGUCACGGAAGGAACAAGAUGCGUUUGAAGCGUCGGAGCAGGCGCGACUGGAGGCGCUACAGGCGGCGAUGGCGGAGAUUGCGAGGCACGAGGCCGAGGAGAUGGUCCAGCUGAAGCGAAGCGAUGCCAAGGCGUGGCAGCGGCGGCGAAGCAAGCUGGCCAAGCGCGAGCGGAAGCGUGUCAAGCAGCUGCGGUUAUGGCAGGAGCAGAAGAAGAGUCGGUGGGCCAAGGAGCGUGCGCGGCUGGAGGCUGAGGCUGAGAUGGUUCGGUUGAAGGCAGCCAAGUCGCGGAAAGCCAAGACGCAGCAGCUGCUCAUCAGGCGGCGCAAGGAGUGGGUUGUGCUCGCGCGGCGGCUGGGCCCAAUUGCCUCGGCCCGGGUUGCCAAGCGCCACGCGGCGUUGGCGGCAGAGCGAUCUGAGGCACGCGAGGCCGAGGCUGCAGCGCGGGCGCGAGCGCGUCGCGAGCACAUGGCGCGGAUGGCCGAGUCGCGGGCGCGAACGGUGGUUGUGCACCGUGCACGCGAGCGAGCUUGGGAUGCCAACGAGGAGCAUGCGCGGGCGGUUGUUGAUGCUGCGCACCGGCGUGAGGCCGAGCUGUACCAGCAGGUGGAGCGGAUAAGACCGGACGGCUAUUACCGAGCGAUGGCAACCAUUGCGCGUGGAGCGCGGCUCGAGCCGGUCUCUCGCGCUUCGGCAUGGGCGUCGAGCGCAAAGGUUCCGGAGCGGCUUGCGGCAUCCGAGCCGCUGCCAUCGAUCCAAGUAGCCGGCCCAUCGUCGUCGCAGGUCUUUGGCGACGAUCCGUUCGGCGGCAGCACCAGCGGCGGUGGUGGCAGUGGCGACGACGACGAUGCCGUGGGCGGAGCACAGCGUGCGCUCACCCACAGCGACCUCAUGUCGUCACGACCACCAUCGGGCCCUGGGCGUAGUCGGACGAGCCGGUGGCGCGAGCAUCGCCGCCAGCAGCAGAGCACGCCUCACCGGCGUCGCGCGUGA